UGAAGAUUCCGUUAUUUCUGGUAAAAGAAAAUAUAAAUUAUUUAUGAUAGGUUGUUUAUGUUUAGGUGUAUGUGUGUUCGUUCCACAUCACCUUUCCUUUAAAUAUCAUAUCUUUAUGGCAAACUUAUUAGCUUGUUUUUUAAUCUAUUUGACGUUACCACAGUCCAUUUAUUACUGGCAUCAUGUGUAGGGAGAUCUACAAAACUCAUUGGACAAAUAUGUUUAGUAUCAAUCACUUCCCAGGCACUCUCUUAUUGUUAUUUUUAUUAUAUUUGAUGUAGUAUCUAAUUCACGUGUUUAAUAACCGAAAUGUAAGUAAUUAAUGCAAAAAUCCUGUUUAGUGAAAUAAAAGGAUUUAUUGGAGCUGUUUAUUUCUUAACUUGGUUGAUAGAGCAUUGAUUUCUCUUCAUGUAACGCUUCAGGAUAUAAAUGAGUAUUACAAGAAAGCCAUGCAUUAUAUAUAUGGUAGCUACCAGUCUAUCCAAUUACAUAUUUAUCACCUGUCUUACAAUAAUACUCAUUUAAUAACAGCAAGCUGUGAAAUUAGCAAUCGUACUUCUGUUUCAUUUCAGACAGUUUAUUUAUAUAGUAAGAUCAAAUCAUUUAACUUAACUGAUUUCUCAUAAGACUUUUAUUCACGCAUCGAAUAUUUUAGGUUACUAUGUAUAAUAAUCACAGUCAGCUGAGUGUUACAAAGUCUAAUCUACGUUUUUAAAUUUCUGAUUUAUCCUGGUCUAUAAAUCUUGUUAUACUACGGAUUAACAUUAAAGACUGUUUGGAGAAAUAUUACUUAAUGUUUGUAAACCAGUAUUGUAAAUAUAUCUGAAAGACGUAUUUUGGCUUUCUGAAUACAAAUUUGCAUUGUUAGUAAAAUAGGGAUAACAUGUGGUCGGUAAAGUAGAUUACAAGAUUUUACCACAAGUAUUACACUUUCUUAUUUCAGUGGCGUAUUUACCAUUCAUUACUUGAUCUUUUUCUGGCACAACCGAUUAAAUCAGUCCGAAUUCUAGUUCCUCAAUAAUCAAUAGAAUUCAUAUUCAAUGUGUAUUUAUUGAAAUGUGCAUGUGAUGCAUAAUGUGUAUUUAAUACAGAUCACUUCAUUUGUGUAUAUGAUUUACUAAAUCUGUCUUGUAUAUUUGAUUAAUAAAAAGAAGUAUUCCUAUAUUUAUUUAAUUAACGAAAUAUUGAAUGAAUACUUGUCAUACAUCUCGGAUUUGGCAAUAGUGCAAUGUCGUACUUUGUUUGAUCAUAUUAAUCGGUUCGAUCUGAUGGAUAGUGAUAAUGAGUAGUUGCAAAUAUUCGGCAGAAAUUUUCGAAUUUAGGUUCUUUAUCUAAUGGUACUCAUAUACAACUUCGAGAACCCUAUCAGUGUUUAUGAAAUUCUCACAUGUAUCACUUACCGUAGUCGUAAUAAUUUUUACAACUAAGUCAUGUAAAUGAUGAAUGAUCUGUGGCAUGAAUUUUCUUAGUAUACCAAUCAAUCAUCUAACAUUGACCAAUAUCGCACACAUGUUUUCAAUGUUGUCCGAAGUUUAUCAGUCACUUAACACUUGUUAACUUCUUGCAACCUAUAAUGACAUACGUAUUCAUAAUGACUUUUCAUCUGAGCGUAGCUUUCAAUUGCAAUCGACCUACAUUUAAAAAAGUAUUUUGAUAUUUUUUAUUUGUGUAAUUGAUCAUUGAUAUAACUGAUCUUGACACAAUAUAUUUGGAACCUAAAUUUGUGUGUUUUAUUGUUCACUUGCAUUUGUUUGUUCAUUUUUAAAAAUUCUCAUCUGCAUAUGUAACUUUCAGCCUUUGAUAGGUUUGAGUACAGUUUUGAGGUAUAUUGUAUCCUACAGGGGAGUGUGCAGUGCAACGUAUAUGAGAGAAUUUAAAAGAGAGAAGAACAAGAGAAUAAAAGUCAGUGGACUACUCAGUAAGCACACAAAAUGCACUUAAAUUCAAUAAGAAUGUCAAUCAAUGACAAUAAACAAUGACACAAACGGGAAAUUAGACAAUCUGAUAAUCUAUCCUAGAAUUUGAUGGAAUAAGGUUUUAAAUGCAUUACACAUAUACUUAAUAUAUAAACUAGAAUAAUGAAAGCAGUAUUAGACGAUCAUAGUGCUUGUGAGGUAUGGCGUAGUCGUGAUCGUUUAUAUUCUUCAUUAGUAGCUAUAUUUCCAGCUGCAUUAAUUGGUAAACCAGUUACGGUGACACUGUUAGAUGAAACACGUAUAACUGGACGUUUAUGUUCAUGUGAUGGAUUGAUGAAUUUACAAUUGGAUAGUGGUGUUAUAAUAAGAAAACCAGAUUCUGACGGGCUAAACGAGGUUAUUCUAGUUGAAACAAUGAUGAUAUUUGGUAAACGUAUACGUUAUGUGACCGUACCGAAAUUAAUUGAUAUUUCAUCAACACUUGCAGAAUGGGAGUCCAAAAGUCAAAAUGGUAGAAUAUUUUUAUCUAGACCGGCAAAAUCAUCAAAACCUUUAAAGGAGAGCCAGAUUAAAAAUAAUGAGAAUGAAUUGUGUCAAUCAAGUAUGACAAAUGAUCAUUUUGUAGAUAUUAAUUAUGUCGAUAACACCGAGAACAUUCCGUGGUUGGAACAAUCUGAUCUAGAACAAUUUGCAUCUAUUGGUGUAAAGCCGACAGGAGAUAAAAAAGUUGAUUUAAUUAUGGUGCAAACCUUAAAAGUACUUAAUAACCCAUUAUAGUAACAGUAUAUUUGUUCGGUUAACUUGAAUGCAUUAAAUACAACUAUGUUUGUGUAAAUAUUUUGGGAGGAUACGUUUAAUAGUGCUCACUUUCAACGUACAUCUUUUUUUUGUAUCAUUCUACAAACCAUUUCUUUGGAGUUAAUGAUUGAUAAAUCGGACUAAUACACAUACGUACCAGGUUCUGAGUUGUUGUUGAUUGAACGAUAUUAUUAUUAAUUUCAUUUCAUUUCACGAUUAACAAUAGGGAAGAUAUAUAAACUGUCGAAUCGUCUCACUGUUUUUCGCUUUCCGUUUA